GUGACGUCAGGGCAGAGAGAAGCACUUCCUGUUGUAGACAUUCGGUAGAGAGAGGCUGGCGGAGGUGGAGCGGCUGAGGGGAUUAGCGCCGCCUCCCCCGGGACUUUGUGGCUGAGCUGAGUGUCGGAGAGAGAGGAAGGUCCCGGCUAGCAUACUACAGACCCAGAUGGGUGCCAGAAAGCAGCGUGGUGUCCUACAGUAAAGUGGGCAUGCACAGGAUUUUAUAGCUCUAGUCCAGGCCUCCCCCCGAUGGUAAAAUGUCUGUCGAUAUGAACAGUCAAGGUUCAGACAGCAAUGAAGACUACGAUCCUAUUGGUGAGGAGGAGGAGGAAGAGGAGGAGGAGGAGGAAGAAGAUGACGACCCAGGAGAUAUAGAAGAUUACUAUGUUGGGGUUGCUAAUGACGUGGAGCAACAGGGUGCAGACUCAUUUGACCCAGAGGAAUACCAGUUCACCUGUCUCGCCUACAGGGAAUCGGAGAGCGCGCUCAAUGAGCAGAUGGUGAACUUGGCUUCCAUGCUGCAGGUCUCUCAUUCUGUGGCAAAACUCAUCCUAGUUCACUUUCAUUGGCAAGUCUCAGAAAUUUUAGAACGGCAUAAAACGAAUUCUGUUCAGUUGUUGGUUGACGCCAGGGUUCAGCCAUCAUCGUCUAAAAAUGUAAUGGCACAUUCCUCCCAUCACUGCGCGGUGUGCAUGCAGUUUGUCCGGAAGGAGAACCUGCUGUUCCUGGCUUGUCAGCAUCACUUCUGUCGCAAUUGUUGGGAGCAGCACUGCACGGUUCUGGUGAAGGACGGGGUCGGUGUGGGGAUUUCCUGCAUGGCCCAAGACUGCUUGCUCCGAGCGCCAGAAGAUGUUGUGUUUCCUUUACUGCCUAUUGAGGAGCUAAAAGACAAAUAUAAACGCUAUCUCUUCAGGGAUUAUGUGGAGAGCCACUAUCAGUUACAGCUUUGCCCUGGUGCAGACUGUCCUAUGGUCAUACAGGUUCAGGAGCCAAAGGCUCGGCGAGUGCAGUGCAACAGGUGCAAUGAAGUCUUCUGCUUUCGUUGCCGCCAAAUGUAUCAUGCUCCCACAGACUGCGCCACCAUCCGGAAGUGGCUGACAAAGUGUGCGGACGACUCGGAAACUGCAAACUACAUCAGUGCUCACACUAAAGAUUGUCCCAAGUGCAAUAUUUGUAUUGAAAAAAAUGGAGGGUGCAAUCACAUGCAAUGUUCGAAAUGCAAGCAUGACUUUUGCUGGAUGUGCCUUGGCGACUGGAAAACACACGGCAGCGAGUAUUAUGAGUGCAGCCGGUAUAAAGAGAAUCCCGACAUUGUAAACCAGAGUCAGCAGGCCCAGGCUAGAGAGGCCCUCAAGAAAUAUCUCUUCUACUUUGAGAGGUGGGAGAAUCACAAUAAAAGUCUGCAGCUGGAAGCCCAGACCUACCAGCAAAUCCAAGAAAAGAUCCAGGAACGGGUCAUGAACAACCUUGGCACCUGGAUUGACUGGCAGUACCUACAGAAUGCUGCCAAACUGCUGGCAAAGUGCCGAUACACUCUGCAAUAUACAUAUCCCUAUGCUUACUACAUGGAGUCAGGCCCCAGAAAGAAGCUCUUUGAGUAUCAGCAGGCACAGCUAGAGGCGGAGAUUGAGAACCUUUCAUGGAAAGUGGAAAGAGCAGACAGUUAUGACAGAGGGGACCUGGAAAACCAGAUGCAUAUAGCUGAGCAGCGCAGGAGAACUUUGCUAAAGGACUUUCACGACACAUAAGCAUCAGAAGCCCGUUUUGUCCUAGGAAAGCUUGAGCAUGUGGUGGAGUGACGGAGACUUGAUGCUGCAACGAAACACAAGUAGCUUUGAGGAAUGUGAAGAAAAUCCACCUCGUUAACCCUGCUCGCUGUACCAAACCAAA